AUGGAUAAAAAACAAGUCUUAACUCUUGCAAUGAAUAUGCUCAACACAAAUAAUAAAACUAUUCUUGCUUCUGGUAUUAAUAUCCCGAAGAUGAACCCAUGUAUUUUAUGUAAAGGAGAGAUCAUUGGAUCAGAACCAUAUGGGCCAAUCAAAGAAUUUACCAUGGCCACCUGUGGAUGUAUUUACCACCAAAUGUUUCUCGAAAGAGAUAUAAAGAAACGCCGUGGAAAAGCUAUAUGCCCAAAUUGGGAUUGCAAAGGCAGAGAGAUCGAAACUUCUAUUUCUCCGGCAGAAUUGCAAGACAAGUCUACAACUGCUGAUGAAAAUACUAUCUCCAAGCCUGUGGAUUCAGGAAAUCAGACUCCUGUGGAUGAUGAUGCAACACUCAUGAACCAACUUGGAUUAUUUAGCGGAGAGGAGCAAAGUUCGUCCAGGACUACUGAGGCCGUUAAAGAAACUUCUGACCAGGAAACCAGCCCUAUUGAGGUUGUUAGCACUACAUCUUGCAAUUCUGAAAAUUUGGAUGACUUGAUUUUAAAGGAUACUAGCA